CAGGAAGGCGAGGAGCACGAAGAGGAGCGGCCCGAGGAGGAGCAGCAGUGGCAGGAGCAUUGCGGGGCUCCAUGGCGAGCCCGCUGAGCCCACAGCUCGGCUGGCCCCGCAAGCAAGCAAGCAGCGCUGGGUGGUCGGGAAGUCACCACUCCACUCACAGCACACACCACUUACAAGUUCGGAUUUCCCAUUCCCCAACGUAAUCUGGAUAGAGGAGAAGGCUGCCAGGAAGCAAAAGAUGCCCCGGGACACUGAGGCAGAUAAUGAGCUGAGGAUGAAGACCAGGGAGGGCAAAUCCCUGUGGCAGAACCUCGUUGAAGAGGCCGUUUUGAGCAGCUCCAUGGCACAGGAAUCCAAUUGGGAGGAAAAGCCCCGGAGAUCCCGCAGGAGGAGGGGCUCCAAACCCAGCCCAGGAUGCUCCAAGGGGGAAAGACCAAGCCUGUGGCAGGAAGGCAGCCAGAGAUCUGGCCAGAGCUCUGAGGUGCUGGUCCAUGAGCAGCUUGAUGAUGGCAAGAAGCCCCACCAGUGCUUGGAGUGUGGGAAGAGUUUUCUCACGAGCUCCCUCCUGGUCCGCCACGAGGUGGUGCACACUGGGGAAUGGCCCUAUGAGUGUGGGGAAUGUGGGAAGAGCUUCAGGAUCAGCACUCACCUGAUCAUCCACCAGAGGACCCACACUGGAGAACGCCCCUAUGAGUGUGGGGAAUGUGGACAGAGGUUCCGGACCAGCUCCCACCUGAUUGUCCACCAGAGGAUCCACACUGGGGAACGCCCCUAUGAGUGUGGGGAAUGUGGACAGAGCUUCAGGAUCAGCUCCCACCUGAUCAUCCACCAGAGGACCCACAGUGGGGAACGGCCCUAUAAAUGUGGAGAAUGUGGGAAAGGCUUCAGGAGGAGCUCCAGCCUGAAACUCCACCAGAUGACCCACACUGGGAUACGCCCCUGUGUGUGUGGGGAGUGUGGGAAGGGCUUCCGUGACAGCUCUCGCCUGAUCAUCCACCAGACAAUGCACACUGGGGAAUGCCCCUACAUGUGCUCUGAAUGUGGGAAGAGCUACAUGGGGAACGCCAGCCUGAUCAUGCACCAGAGGAUCCACACUGGGGAGAAGCCCUACAAGUGCGGGGAAUGUGGGAAAAGCUUCAGGCAGAGCUCCGCCCUAAAUGCCCACCAGAGGAUCCACACUGGGGAGAAGCACUAUGAGUGUCCUGAGUGUGGGGAGAGGUUUCAGAGCAGAUACCGUCUCCUCAAGCAUCAGCAGAUUCACACAGAAUAGAGGCCCUUCCGCUGCCCCGAGUGCGGGAGGGGCUUUAAGAAAAACUCCACCCUCAUCACCCACCAGCAGAUCCACGCUGGGGAGAGGCCCUAACAGAGUCCCAAGUGUGGGAAGAGCUUCUCCCAGAACUCUACUAUGACCCAGCACUAAGGGAGGCAGCAGUAAGGGAAGCCCAACAAGUGCCCCGUGUGCGGGAAGAGCUUUGAGCGCUGCUCCAACUCCAUCCCCCACUGGAGGACCCCCAUUGGAUGGUCCACGAUGACCCUCGUUGGGCAGAGACUUGGUGAUCCAUAGUCCUGGUGAUCCAUGUUGGGAAGAAACCUGGCUGGUGAUCUCCACAUCUUCCUGGCUCCCCUUGGGCACUUGGGAUACAGCCAGAGAAAAAUCCAUUGGGAUGCAAACCGAAUUCAGAAUUUCAUAGGGGACAGCACAGUUUUUUACUUUCAACCCCAAAAAUAUCUCACCUUUUGCAUCCAAUAAUUUCUUCAGAUGGCAUCAAGGAAUACUGGAUGGUGUUGAGGUCUUUUCCAAUCAAAAUCAUUCCAUGAUUCUAAUUCUCUCUGGCCCAUAGGCAUUUUUCACAGCCAAAUGGUGAUGGACUGGAGCAAAAACAAGAUUUUGGAGACUGUGGAGUGGAAAUUCCUCUAGAAAAGGUUCUACCCACCCAGGCACAUGGAUACUCAGCCAGCAUGGACACGUAAAUUCUUUUAUUUUGGCUUUCAUUUUCCUUCAUUUUUCUUCAUCCCUUCACUCAAACAUUGGGGUAAAAAUAAAGACAUUUAACUAA